AUGGAGGAGGAAAAAUUACGAGCGCAGCAGCGCGAGUCGCAGCGACGAGUGACUGCGAUUCGCUCAAUUGCAAUUGCGACAUUGGCUGUCACUACUUGUAUGGUGUCUAUGCCAAUCGUGUUCACCCGUCUACAGGAGAUCGACAGUCAUGUUCGCAGCGAACUCGAGGAGUGCAUGGUAAAGUCCAAUUGUUUUUGGAUAGGAUCCUUCGAAAUAGCAGCAACUUCGAGUUUGCAUGGUGUCAGAAGGAUUCUUCUGGAGAAUGAUUCAUGUUUCUGUUGUUGCACGUGCCAUCGAGGAGCACCAGGUCCUCCCGGUCCUCCAGGAGCUGACGGAGUGGAUGGCAUCGAUGGUGUUAAUGGUGAGAUUGGUGAUCCGGGACGUAUGGCUGAGGAACCUAUGGACUACCGUAAGUCAAAGAUUGUUCAAUGCCCUUGUGAAGCACCAGGAGGUCCACCUGGUCCACCAGGUCCACGUGGUCCACCCUCCAUUCCAGGAGAACCCGGAGCACCCGGCGCACCAGGAAGCAAUGGCCCACCCGGGCCACCUGGCGUACCAGGCAGGCCAGGCGCACCCGGUCCACGAGGUGAACCGGGUGAAAAAGGAAGAGAUGGAGUUAUUCGUCCUGGAGCUGGAGGUCCUCCAGGUCCAGCCGGUCCGCCCGGUGACAGAGGAGCAGACGGGCCUCCUGGAGGUCCAGGAUCAGGUUCACUGCCAGGACCACCCGGACAACCAGGAGAACCAGGAUCACCUGGUAGACCUGGUCCACCAGGAAAUCCAGGAAUGGACGGAAGCCCAGGAAAUCGUGGAGCUGAUGGUAAGCGCGGAUCGUGCGAUCACUGCCCUCCUCCGAGAACCGCACCCGGAUAUUACAACUGA